AUGCAGGGAUUAAUGCAACAAGACUACUACAGAGCAUGCAGCACGUUUCCCUCACUUCCAGGAAUGAUGUUCCCAGAUCCCGGGUACAGCAAGAAUGCAUGGUCCCCCCAGCCAAACUCACAAGCCCAAGCCUACUCGCCGACUUUCUCCAGUGUGGGCAAAACAAGUCUGGAGGCUGGCAUGCAUAGUGCCCAGUGGAGAACCUCGCAAGGUUACUCCAACUCGUUAACUCCGCUAAGCAAAGGUUCACUGGACCCGGCCCAUGCACCCUGGCGACCUCAAGGUUCGGGUCAGAUCCAGCUCUGGCAGUUCCUGCUGGAGCUACUCUCGGACUCCGCUAACGCCGCCUGUAUCACAUGGGAGGGCACCAACGGCGAAUUCAAACUGGUCGACCCUGACGAAGUAGCUCGUCGCUGGGGGGAGCGCAAGUCGAAACCCAACAUGAACUAUGACAAACUGAGCCGGGCUCUUCGCUACUACUACGAUAAGAACAUUAUGACCAAAGUGCACGGCAAACGGUACGCUUACAAAUUUGACUUUGCUGGUCUGGCUCAAGCCAUGCAGCCGUCCUCCACUGACCCUUCGGCUUAUAAAUACCAGCAAGAUUUCUUGAUGUCCACUUACCAGUACCAUCACCAUCACCAUCAUCAUGCCCACAACCAGAAACUUAACUACCUCAACCCUCGCUCACCAAUAAACAACUCCACACCGCCUGCAUUGUUCUCUCCACACGCAGGAUACUGGCCUGGAAGUCCGGGUUCGAACCUCUACCAUAACAUUCCUAAUCACCAUAUGCCUCCUCAUCCCAGUCAUAUGACCCCAACUCUGGGUGCCUACUACCCUUAUGACAGAUGGGAAACUUGA